AUGCGGCUUUGUGACGAAUCAAAAGGUUAUGCACGGCUCUUUCUCACAGUUCUCCCUAAAUUUGUGAAAGCACUCCCCCGUCCUCCUUCCCACACUGUCACCACCGGGCUGCAACACUCUGCUUCGCGGGAGAGAGAAGCAUUGAAAAACUCAAUCACUUUGUUGAGGUUUGAACUCAGGGAAAUGCAAAAUACUUUCACAGAAUCAUGUUGUUCUUCUAACCUCACUGUCGACGAAUUCAAUACCGCGAGGGAUGCUUUAGAGGACGUUCUGUACUUGCUGGAGGGAUUAGUAGACAGCUCGAUCUCUGUUUAUCAUCAAGUAAAUCAAGCCAAGGAAUGGGAGUUGCCAAAGCUUCAUGCUUUGGGUGAUACUGCCCUUACAUGCGAAAUGUACAUAUCGUUUGGGCCGGCAGCGGCACGUUAUCGAUUAGUGUACUCUCAAGCCCGGCAGUUCAAUGAGACCAUGAGACGAAUAUUUGAUUCGCCAACAAUUGACACGGAGUCACAAUUUCACCCCCUUUAUCAUGAAGAAGAAGCCACUUCGCAUGGAGACAACUUAGCUAUGGACGAAUUGAUCAAGGCCAAACGGCUCUCUGAUACGGCAAAUGCUCUGUUCAAGUUGUUGGCAGAGGAACUCAAAUCUUGCGAGCCAUCCCACUCAGCUCACAUUCAUCUCAGUGGCUUUAGCCGACCGGAAAUUGACAUGCUCAUGUCCCUCUGCGGCCCAAAAGGGCCACGAAAUUGUCAUGGUGUAUCGUGGAGGGGUAGAAGUCACAACCGCCCUUUGGUGGGAAUCAACUCCCCUAAACAUGGCAUAUGUUCUACCUUGAAACGCUAUUGCAAGUUCAAAAAACGCCUGCUAAUUGAAAUAAGCCAGGAUGGAAGCUGGAACUAUGCUGAAUCUUCCAGUGGCCGAGUGAAGGACGAUGCCACAGCACCAGCAUUAAAGCUGGAAGAGCUACUCCAUGUGAGGAAUGGCACAACGAUGUCUUCUGCUAGGUUAUUUAAGAAAGACCGCCUCCACUUGGCGAAGUGCAUUACCAAAUCCUCACUUUACCUCCUGGGCGGCCCGCUCUCACCAGAGGCGUGGAAAACGGAGAAAAUCUAUGUUACACAGGAUAACGACUCACAAACUCGUUCUUACAAGCCUUAUAUUCUCCAGAAAUUUAUAAAUCAGACGCCGAGAGAGCGAAUGCGGGGUUCUGAGUCACUUCUCUACCUUGGAGUUCUUCUCUGGGAGUUACUAUUUGGCCGCAGAGUCACGAUCAUGCCUGACGACGAAGAGUACGACGAUGAGUAUCAAGAUAUUUCGUUGUUCAACGCUCUGAGCCGGGAGGAAAGCGAAUUGCGCGAGUCUUGUGUUGAAAAACCUUUUCUGGACAUCAUAGCCAGCUUUCUCAACAUCUAUCCUGAGGUCGAACUGGAUGACCAGGAAUUACGAAACAAGGUGUACUGGGAAGUUCUAAAUCCACUCCUGAGUUAUGUCGAAGCCUACCAAUGCGGCAUGUCAACAGCAAAAGUCUGCAGAAUGGAGACUACACGGCCCUUAUCCCACGACUAUGCGGAGGAAUACUUGGACCCGAAAGCCGGAAUACCUGGAUCUUCCUCAGAGUCCAGUUCCCUUCCUUACAAACACACAAAAAAAGAUCUAUAUUCAGAUAGAGGUUUUGGUCGUGAUCAUCGAGGAAUUACAGUCGAGUCCCGAAACCUUCACUCCUUGCCAGAAGAGUCUGAGAAUGGACCUUGUAACGGACUUGGAAAGCGAAAGAUGUCUCAAGUUCCAAUGAACGAAAGAAGCUGGAAGUCAAGCCUAGAACCACAAAAAUACAACAUUGCCAUCGUGUGUGCUCUUCCCAAGGAACAUCUUGCGGUUCGUUUACUGUUCGAUGAGAAACACCACAAACCCAACAUUCCCUCGGAAGACUCCAAUCAAUAUGCCUUUGGCUGUAUUGGGAGUCAUAAUGCUGUUACUGCCUGUCUGCCAGUUGGAAACUAUGGAACAAGCCCUGCGGCUCUAGUCAUCGCUAAUAUGAAACGGACUUUCACUUCCAUAAAGUAUUAUCUCUUGCGAAAUGAUAUACGCCUCGGAGAUGUUGUGGUGAGCAUCCCAGAAGGGGCCUUCCCUGGGGUCAUCCAGUAUGACCGCGGAAAGCGUCUAGGAAAUGAUGAGUUUGAAAAGACAGGUUCUCUUCCGCCUCCACCGCAUGAAAUACUGAAUGUUAUCAGCCACAUGCAAUCUGAUCCAGGCCUCUCUCCGGAGCCACUUCAAUCAUAUCUCGACGCGAUCUCAGACCUUCGGCCGGAAUAUGGGCAUCCGAAAAUGGAGGACUACACAUCUUUUCAGGGCAACGGGAUCCCUGCAGUUGAUGAAAGUCACACAUCUGAAAAUCAUCCAAAAAUUCACUAUGGUUUAAUUGCAUCCGGGGAUCUGGUUAUAAAGAAUGCGGAAUUUAGAGACAGUCUAAGCCAAAGAUACAAUGUACUUUGUGUCGAAAUGGAAGCAGCAGGAAUCGCAAAUGUCGCCAGCUGUCUUGUCAUCCGAGUUUGGCAAGAGUAUGCUUCUGCUACAGCUGCAUCUUACGCCAAGCUACUUCUUUUCUAUCUCUGA